AUGGUUCUGGACAUUGUGUCUCUACAGACAGUGGCGGCUGUAACGUUCUUCACAGGCACCAGGAAGUACCCGAAGAUUAUUGACGUCCUCAGUACCCUGCAGAGAGCCUACCGAGAUCUUCAGUACACAAAAAGAGAGGACAAGACCCGAGUAAAGGUUUUCGUGAUCACCAUCAUAUCAACUUUACUGUUCAAAAACAUAUUCUCCAAAAUCAGGAAAAUGAAGUCUCUGAUGAACACCUACUGGAUGCUGUGUAACGCCGUAUACCAGGCUAAUGACUUCUACUGCGAUCAGCUGAUGGCCGUUACGUUCUCCUUAUUUGUCCACGUCACUAUCAAGUCCUACUUCUCCUUCUUGAACGUCAGAGCUGUUGAAGUGUUCGCCUCUACUAGAGAGACAGUCUGGGUUCUGCCUCGUAACUGCUACGUGCUUCUGCUGUUUAACUCUAGCACAGAAGUUACUAACUCGCUUGAAGGGUUCCUACUGCAGUUACCUCACCAAAACGCAAGAUUCUCUGCUCGUGGCUUUUUACAGAUCCAUAAAAAGGCCCUCACAUCGAUGGCUGGAGCGGUGACAACUUACCUGGUGAUACUGAUCCAGUUCCAGGCACAACCUCCACAACCACCAUCAAAACAAGAUUAA